AUGCCGGGGACCUGCGCGGCGCUGCUCCCGGCGGUCCUGUUGGCGGUGCUGGUGCCCUGGGCCGACCGCGGGGGCGCCGCCGCGCCCACCGCACCCAACGGCACGCUGGAGGCCGAGCUGGAGCGCCGCUGGGAGAGCCUGGUGGUGCGUUCGCUGGCGCGCCUGCCGGUGGCAGCGCAGCCCAAGGAGGCCGCCGUCCAGAGCGGCGCGGGCGACUACCUGCUGGGAAUCAAGCGGCUGCGGCGGCUCUACUGCAACGUGGGCAUUGGCUUCCACCUCCAGGUGCUCCGCGACGGCCGCAUCGGCGGCGUGCACGCGGACACGGGCGACAGCCUGCUGGAGCUCUCGCCGGUGGAGCGGGGCGUGGUGAGCAUCUUUGGCGUGGCCAGCCGGUUUUUCGUGGCCAUGAGUAACAAGGGCAAGCUGUACGGCUCGCCUUUCUUCACCGACGAGUGCAAGUUCAAGGAGAUCCUCCUCCCCAACAACUACAACGCUUACGAGUGCUACAGCUACCCCGGCAUGUUCAUCGCCCUGAGCAAGAACGGGAGGACCAAGAAGGGGAGCCGAGUGUCCCCCACCAUGAAGGUCACCCACUUCCUCCCCAGGCUGUGAGGGGGCACGCCCUGCCUCCACCUCGGGGAGGCCCCUGGGAGGCGCUCACUCGCCGGGGGCC